UAGCUGAUAACAUUUUAAAUUUUAAUUAUAACUUGCUGCAUCAAAUAGAAAUAUUAUUUUAAUUUUCGUUGCUUCCCAGUUUGCAUCAAAUAACGAAAUAUCUUUAAUGUUCGUCGCGAAAUAGCCAAUAAGAUAUUAGGUACUUUAAGUUUUAAACAUUUUUUAAUCUAUUUCAGUUUUCUUUUAUGUUGCUUAAUAUAAAAUUAUAUACCAAUUUCAUAACUGCAAAUGACAAAAUAAAUAUUGUCCUAACGCUCCCGGCAAAUUUUUUCGGUUUACAAAAUCGUAUAAUAUUCAUGAACCACAAGAUUAGACAAUAAAAUUUGGAUAUGCAUUAAAUGCUGGAAAAAAAAAUUAAAAGUUAUACAGCAUUACAGCUUCUACCACUUCUUCCAGGUUACCUAUCUAUCUAUGUAUGGUUUUGUUUCAACCAUAAAAAUAUUGUGAUAUCAUAUUUAUAAUGUGUGCAUUAUUAAUACCAAUUUGAGAACUAUCGAUGGACAUGGGACUGGUCGACUUAGAGUCUGCCUACCGUGGCGCGAACGCCAUCAUCGCAAAACCGACUGCGGAAAACGGGAGAGAAGACGUGGUAGAACCUGUUGACAGCCUUGACCGGCAGAACGGUGACGAUAAGACAUCGUCCGACGUACAAAAAGACGUCAAACCCAACCUAAAGGGUGACAGGCUCAAUGUGGCUUUGCUUGUACUGCUAUACACGUUGCAAGGUAUACCUAUAGGAAUUUCCUUGGCAAUUAGGACGUACAUGCAGAACAAGAAGGUCUCAUACGGUCAACAGGCUAAGUUCAGUGUGGUCGACUUACCGUACAGUUUGAAGCUAUUGUGGGCUCCGUUGGUGGACGUCGUGUACUCUCGACGGAUGGGCAAACGGAAGUCGUGGCUGGUCCCGGUGCAGUUUUGCAUAGGACUGUCGCUGAUAUUCAUAGGAUCGAACAUAAACUACUGGUUGAUGGAAAAGGAUACACAUAUGACCACGUUGACGUGCGUGUUCUUUUGCGUAAACGCUUUGGCCGCAACUAACGAAAUCGCCAUCGAUGGAUGGACGCUCACUCUACUGAGAAGGGAGAACGUAGGAUACGCAUCAACGUGCAAUACGUCCGGCCAAGCAUUGGGAAUAGCGUUCGGGUACGUAAUGUUCAUAUUGUUUGAGUCCGAGGAAUUUUGCAACAAGUGGCUACGUUUUACAGCCAAAAAAGGAGGCAUAAUUUCGAUGGAAGGAUAUUUAUACUUCUGGGGAAUAAUAUUCACCGUGGCCUCCACGUCUAUCGCGUUUUUCGUUAAAGACAAAUUCAAUCAAGCCGAUAAAAGCAGCAAAAUCAAUAUUAAGCAAAUUUAUAAGGUGCUAUGGAAGAUCAUAAACCUUCGGACGAUGAGAAUAUUUACUCUAAUAAUGCUAGCGUAUGAAAUGUCAUUUUCGUCCACGGGAUCAUUCGUUGCUAACCCAAAAUUUAUGGAAUAUGGCGUGGCUAAAGAAGACAUGGCUCUAGUUGACCUAUCGUUGAUUCCGAUAAAGAUUUUUAUUCCUAUUCUUAUAUCUAAAUUUACAUCUGGGCCGAGACCGUUAAAAAUACUUUACAAGACGGUGCCAUACCGGCUGAUGUUGGGAAUUUCUUCCGGAGUCCUUGUAUACUAUACUCCGUAUUUCAUAGGUGGCGAAUACCAUAAUUGGUCAGCUUACUUUUUCUUGUUUUACGAACUCCAUCGUAUUUUGAGACUGGUGUUGUUGGUCGUCGUUUACUUGAGCGUGAGGUCGUUCUUCUUGCGAAUCAGCGACCGUCAGAUCGGUGGUACGUACAUGUCACUGUUAAAUACUAUAUGGUAUUUAGGGAUAGCUGUAUCCCGGAUUGCAGCUCUGGGAAUGCUCAACUUGCUGACGGUCAAACAGUGUUCGACAGACCGAACGACCGAGUGUCGUUUCAAAACGGUGAAUGAUGAAGAUUGCGAGAAGUUUGUCGGAGACGAAUGCGUCACCGUCCUGGACGGUUACUUUGUCGAAGUGGUAUUCUGCACGGUGUCUGGCGUGAUGUGGUACCUGGCCUUGAGAAAAAUCAUCGAGAACUUACAGUCCAGGGAACAGAGCGAUUGGCAAGUGAACGACGUUGGGCUGAUCCACAGCAUGUCACAGGAAUGACUUCCACUUGCCGGCCACCGCGACUACCCGCCAGACCAGCCUGUCUGUUUGUGGAGUCGUAGUUCCAUGAAACGCUAAAUCAUUUUAAAUUGUUUUUAAACCUUUUUUCCCCCAAAAAAAACUUAUCUCAAACUACUCACCGGUCUUAACCUGUGAUUUCGACCGGUAUAUUAAUUGGAAGACAGGUACUAAUUUAUGUACAAAACGAAAACUAAAUAGUAUAAUGUUGAAAUACGUACCUACCAAUAACAAUCCUACAUGUGUGUACCGCGUAUUUUAUAUUAUUUUAAUUAUACAAACUUCCGAGUACCGGCUAUAAAUUAGUUAUUCUAAAUGAAAAAUGAAA